AUGAAGCGCCGGAGAUUGCGGUCAAAGCAAAGGCCUCCCCCAUGCUAUGAUGAAAAAAGAGAAAGUGAGGACGGUCAUGUUCUACCACUUGCUGCGAGUGCAGCUGUUGCAGUUGGCGAGAGUCAUGCAUGUGAGGCGGGCCCUGCAGAAGCGGAAAUUGUUGAUGCUGCAAACGCAGCCCUUGCUGAAGCUGUGGACAAUGAUGGGCAUGAAAAUGCAGAUGCCGCUAUUCGUUGGCAGUUGCUGAGUAAGUAUAAGGCUGUGCAAGGCUUGGUUGCAGCUGUGAUUCGUGAGAAGAGCGAUGAGGAGCUCCACAACAUUUCAAUCAACAUCAUCUUGGACGAUAUCCAGGCAAAAGCUUCCAACAAAAUCAGCAUGUCAGAACUUCUGGAGGAGAAAGACGAGUUUGUAGCGGCUACAAUGUCCGCAGUUCCAAAAGAGCUAUCUCGACGAUUGCUUCUUGCUGUGAACAAGCCACAGGCGCAUGCCAGGCGACCAGCACAAAUAGAUUCACAAUGUGUCCAAAAGACUUACCUGCUCACCUUCUCCAACCUGGAUCCAAGCAAUGCUCCCACCAGGGAAACCAUCCUUGAGACCGUCUUGCAGGCAUUUGGCGCUGCAGGCUAUGGUUCGGAUGUUUGCGUGACGCAUGCCUGCGUCUUCCGGGAGACGCAUGGCAGUGGACAGUGGCACUUCCAUGGCCUGUCCGCCUUGGACAAAGAUCCCUUGUUGUGGUGCAGUGGGGGCCGGAAGCAUCCGCCUCUUCUAGAUGCGAUCAAUGGGGUCUUGGACAGUACUGCAAUUGAAGAGAAGGUGGCAGAGCGUUUUUUGCAGCGUUGGUCUGCGGGCAAGCGUGGGCCAUGCAAAUUCUCUGACUUGGAGUUAUGGCCAAUAGUGAAAGAACUUGGGCUCACUGCCGAUGACCCUGUCCUGCUUGCUAAACUCCUUCAGCAUGGGCGAAAUUCCGGAAAUGAAAGAUUGCUGAACUACCUCUUCCGCACAAACAACACCAUCAGAGAGAAGGUCGCCAUGUGCUGCACACUAGAAUCAUGUGAUCGCGUCAUCGCAGAUUCUCAGACAACUACGUGGAAGCGUGUCACUGCCGCCUUGGGGCGACAGUGUUGUUGUGACAGAACUUGGGCACCAGAAGCUCGCGAGAUUCUCCGCAACAAUAACAUUGAGGAGGGGAAGCUUUGCCAACAUUUGCGUCAGGCCCUCAUGCUGGGCAUGCAGAAGAAGGGAGAUGCAGUAUGCUUCACAGGUUCCGGAAACGAGGGCAAAAGCUUCAUUUUGAAGCCAUUGCGUGAAAUUUUCCAGCGCGUGCCUUGGCUACCGCUUUCACAUCACAUGGUUUCUGACCCUCACCCGUUUCCCAACGAUCAUAUUUUUUAA